AUGGCGUCGACAUCUGAUCACUCUGAUGUUGGCGUCAGUGUCGGAAAUUACAACAAACGCAAACGUAGUGCUGUGUGGGAUUAUUUUAAAAAGUCGGAGAUAGAGGGAAAAUCGAAGUGUUUAUUAUGUAAAGAAGUCGUGAAGCAUUUAAGCAAUACUUCAAAUCUUGCGAAGGUAAUUUUCAUUCUUGAUCUACAUUUUUCCCGUGAGUUGUUGACAUACUUGUUGUUGCAUAUCUUUUUUGAUUUAUUGUUUUACUUUUAGCACCUAAAGGGCAAGCACCUACCUGAAUACAAUAUCUACGAAAAACCGAAAAACGAAGACGAAGAAAGUAGAAAAAAACGGAAACCGCAGGCACAGUCUGUUCAGCUUACGUUGCAAGCAACAAUUAACAAAACCCAGAAAUAUUCUUCAACGUGUCGACGCCAGAAAAAAACUAGACGAGGCUUUAGUGGAAAUGGUAGCGACUGA